AAUUACAGGAAAGCUAUGUUAAAACAACGAGGUACAGUGAAGAAAGUCAAAUUGAUUAGCGAAAAAAGAAGGAGUGAAAUAUGGGGAAAAUUUCUGACGCAGCAAGGCGAAUACACGGACUGGUAUUGUAUCAUUCGGAAAAACUGUAUAUUGAUGCGCCAGAUGUAUCAGAAUUCACCGAUAUUAUAUUCCUGUGGAUUUCGCAAUAGCUGUACUAUUGUCGAUGCUUGCAGUCUACCAUUUCAAGACCAAAGCUUCGGAGUGAUAAUGGCUGUGAACGAUGAGCAAAAUGAAGAAUAUUUUCUGGCAUAUUAUAGCAUCAAAAUGAGUAGAAUUGUUAAGAAAAUAUUAAUGCGCAAAAAGAUCACUAAAGUUCUGACAGUUUUGGAUGCAACAAAAAAGAGUGAAAUUAAAUGUUUGCAUGAAAAUUUAAAGGAUUUUUCACACCUCGUAGCAGUUGGCACCUACGGUGGAGAUUGUUUACUGAUACAUUUCGGAAUCGAUUUACCCAAUGUAACUGAUCGAGAAUUGAGGAAUCCACCCUUUUCUAGCAAUUUAUGCAAACCCUAUAUAUCUGAUGGACGAUUUAAUUUUGUGGCCAAUAAUGGUGCAAUGUAUCCCGUUAGUGUUGAAGAAAUACAUGUCACAGCAAUAACUUACUUGGAACGAUGCAAAACGAUUGCCAUCGGCUUUUCUUGUGGUGCUUUCAUUACCGUUAAUCUUGUUAAUGGCAAUGACGCGUCAUAUUAUUAUUCGUCUUCUCCAGUUUAUGGUUUUUCAUGCCAAGAACCAAUGGAUGAUCCGCGUCCUGUGUUAUAUCUCUGGGUUGCUUAUUCUCAAGGAAAACAGAAAAGUCCUCAUGCGAAAUUAUUUGUGAUUAAUUUUCCAAAUGAUGAAGGACAUUCUCCUAAUGAAUGGACUUUCAAUGAUCCAAUGAUUAUAAAUUACCUUACGUGGUGUCCUGAAAAGUGCACUGAAUGGCUUUCUUUCCGAACUGUUGUAUCAUCUCCUUCCAGAGAAAAUACUACAAGGAAUAGCAUUUCAGAACGAGUAUUGACUACCGAGGAUUUAUUACGUGUAAAUAUGAUUGAUACUUCUCGUGUGCUGAUGACUUGGAAAACUACUAAGAACACUGUGGAGGGUGCACUUUUUGAUUUGAACGCCUUUUAUUACAAACGAUUACCGCGACAAAUCACUUUUACAGAAUCAUUUCUGAAACUUAACUCUUUCCUAUCAUUGUUUACAUUGCCGACUGUCAAUGAUCAACUGACUUGCCUUGACUAUUUGAUAAAUUAUUCCGGUGUCUGGCAGCAUCAAAGUCCAUACAGCGAAACAAAUGAUUUUUUUAUAUUUGCACCAUCAUAUUCAUUCGAAAUCAUUGCAUUUAACGGGAACCGCGAAUUUACGAUAUUCGUUCCGUCUAUACAGAAAGUUGUAUUAAAAUGGCUAGAUGAAAAUUUCGAAGAUGCAAUUGGACAAAAGUCUGACCUCGCAUGUGCAUAUUUGAAUGCAGUUGGUCUUGCAAAAACACCUGUCGAUAUUUCCGAGAGUAGUCAAACAUCAGCAGUACCGCUUGAAAAUGAAUCAGUAAUCAUCUCAUCACUGCUGUUCAAUGGUGAAAUCAAUGAUACACUCAAAAAGCAUAUUAUCACAUUUCAAAGCUACGAUACCAUCCAUCAGAUUGCUUCGCUUAUAUGGAAAGAAGUCGUUAAUGCAAAACAAAGAUUCGAUGAACUUUCAGAGCCAUGGUUUGAUCGUAUUCCGCGAGCAUUAUCAGCUGCAAACAUGUACUGGUUGCGAAACAGUGCAUCAAUUUUUCAUUGUGCUGCUGAACUGUUUGCUGAAAUUUCGAAAAGAGUACCAUCAGAAAGGAUUGCAGAAGCAACUACUUCGAAUUAUAAUAUGAUGGCAUCCAGAAAUUUGGUUUUCUACACGAAUAUCGUGUUUCUUUUUCAUCAUGGUGGAUUACUUCCAGUGAAAAAUUACACUGCUCUUAAUGCUCGUAUGAAAGCAAAAGUGAAUGAACGUAAAGAACGUUUAGCUCCUGGCAGUAAGCUGUAUAUAGUAAAUUUGCUGGAAGAAAUGCAAAAUGCUUGUCCUAAUGAAAUUUUUUGGUGUGGUCUAACUGCUGACGAAUGGUACCCACCGAAUUCAAUUGCUGUGAGUUCUAAUGAUCUGGCCAACUUUUGA